AAAGUCCCUGCAAACAGUUUGCCACGCAGAGUCGAAACUAUGGCACUGAUCGGAGUGCUAGCAAACCUUCUGAUGAUAUGCCUUUCUUACGCAACAACCCCACUUGAUCGGAUCAUUGGAGGUUAUGAAUGCAACGAAAAUGAACAUCGUUCCCUUGUACUCUUGUAUAACUCCGCAGGGUCUUUCUGCUCUGGGACCUUGCUCAACCAUGAGUGGGUGCUCACCGCUGCCCACUGCAACAGGGAAAAUAUCAAGAUAAGGCUUGGUGUGCAUAACAUACAUGUACACAAUAAGGAUGAGCAGAUAAGAGUCCCGAAGGAGAAGUUGUGUUGUCUGAAUACCAAUUACUGUACCCAAUGGAGCCAGGAUAUCAUGUUGAUCAGGCUGAACAGUUCUGUUAACAUUAGUGAACACAUCGCGCCUCUCAGCUUGCCCUCCAACCCUCCCCGGGUGGAUUCAGUUUGCCGUGUUAUGGGCUGGGGCACAAUCACAUCUCCUGAAGUGACUUAUCCCGAAGUCCCUCAUUGUGUUAACAUUAACAUACUCCAUAAUGAGGUGUGUGAAGCAGCUUACCCAAUGUUGUCAGGCAACAUAUUGUGUGCAGGUGAACUGGAAGGAGACAAAGAUUCAUGUAAGGGUGAUUCUGGUGGGCCCCUCAUCUGUGAUGGACAAAUCCAGGGCAUUGUAUCUUGGGGGCACUUUCCUUGUGCCCAACCUUUUGAGCCUGGCGUCUACACCAAGGUCUUCGAUUAUCUUGAAUGGAUCCAGGACAUUAUUGCAGGAAAUAAAAACGUGAUUUGCCCCAAUGACAUCUUUUGAAA